GUUUACUGUAUUAUCUUCUUUUCUCCUCUGAACAUAACCAAACCAUUACAAAGCAAGAAAAAUUUUUCAAUUUUUGACAUUUCAUUGUUGCAAUAAUAGAAACUUUGUUUUUUCUUAUAUUUCCCUCAAAGCUAAAUCCCAUUUGAACGAGAUGGUUUCAGUGGAAAACGACGUGGAAAUGAAAAACGCCGACAGCCCCCCGGGUCCCGAGGCCGGCGACAGCAAACGAGACGCCGAUUUGCAAAGUCUGCAAGAGAUCCGAGAACACACCAGGCAAAUUGAAAAGGCGAUUUCCAACAAAGAAAGCCGCUUUAUUUUAAGGGUUUUAAGGUGCUUACCAAAUACAAGACGUAAACUCAACGGUGUAGUACUUAGAAGUCUCAUAACGCAAAUUUAUCCUGCAGCAGAUCGUGAAGCUCUGCUGGUCUUUGUUGAGGAGGCUGUAGGUGAAAUUGAAAGCUCUCAAACCAGGAUUCGUUCAGCUACUAAAGCUGCCUUGCCAGAGGUGGAUUCUUAUAUUAACUUGUUGAUUUUGGUAAGACUAAUUGACACCAACAAGCUGGAGGAGGCUCAAAGGUGCUCCCAGGCUUUGAUGAACAAAAUCGUCAGUCAAAACAGGAGAACUAUUGACUUGAUUGCUGCUAAGUGCUACUUUUAUCAUUCUAGAGUAGCUGAAUUGUCUAAUAAGUUGGACACAAUUCGUGCUUUUUUGCAUGCCAGAUUGCGUACAGCAACUUUGAGGAAUGACUUUGAAGGACAAGCAGUUCUUAUCAAUUGUCUGUUGAGGAAUUAUUUGCACUAUUCACUCUAUGAUCAAGCAGACAAGUUGGUUUCCAAGUGUGUUUUUCCUGAAACUGCUAGCAACAAUGAAUGGGCCAGGUUUUUGUAUUAUUUGGGAAGAAUUAAGGCUGCUAGGUUAGAAUACAGUGUUGCUCACAAACACUUGGUGCAAGCUAUGAGAAAGGCCCCCCAAAACACUGCUGUAGGCUUCAGGCAAACUGUUCAAAAACUUCUGGUUGUAGUAGAGCUUCUCCUAGGUGAUAUUCCUGAAAGACAGAUUUUCAGGCAACCUGCCAUGCGUCACUCGUUGAGCUCCUACUUCCAACUCACUCAAGCAGUACGUAUGGGCAACUUGCAACGAUUUGGAGAAGUUUUGGAAAACUUUGGGCCCCAAUUCAGGCAGGAUCAUACUUAUACAUUAAUCUUGCGCUUGCGCCAUAACGUCAUCAAAACUGCUCUUAGAAGUAUUGGCCUAGCUUAUUCGAGAAUCUCUUUGCAAGAUAUUGCACAAAAGUUAGGCUUGGAUUCAGCUGAAGAUGCUGAAUUCAUUGUGGCAAAAGCCAUAAGGGAUGGGGUUAUUGAGGCCACAUUAGACGCUGAGGGUGGCUAUAUGAGAAGCAAGGAAACUACGGAUAUUUAUUGUACUAAAGAACCACAGAUGGCGUUCCAUCAAAGAAUAUCUUUUUGCUUGGAUUUGCAUAAUCAGAGUGUUAAGGCCAUGAGGUAUCCACCUAAAGCUUACGGUAAAGAGUUGGAAAGUGCCGAAGAAAGACGCGAACGUGAAGCGCAAGAUCUUGAAUUGGCAAAGGAAAUGGCGGAAGAAGACGAUGAUGGAUUUCCUUGAAAAAAUAACUAAAAACAAUGCUUUGAUUAUUAUUUGUAUUAAUUAAUUGUCUUAAAUUUAAUAAUAAACAUAUUUUUCUUUUGAAGAAUUUAUACUUUUAGAGUUUUUUCUGCUAAAUAAAGACUUGAAACUGAAAUCUGUAUUGAGUUUUUAAACAAUUACAGUUUUGUACUACUUUAGAUAGAUGUCGUCACAUUGGUGGAUAGUAGGAUACUGAUACAAAAACUACAGAAAUUUAUUUUAAGUCGAAUAGAAAAAACCUAUUUUCCAUUUUUAAGAAAUGUAUUCUUGCAUUUUAAUGAUAUUUAAUUAUAAGAUUUGUUUCUUUAUUAAUUAAAUGAUUAAAUACAACUAGAUUUCAAUAAAUAAAACAUUAUUGUUGCAA